AUGCUGCAAAGUUUCAUUCCCUGCCAGGUGGCCGGCUCGACAGGGAUUUCCUCCUUGGGCAAGUACAUCCGCUGGCAGCCUGCCCUGGAGAUCCUUGCAUGCUUGAAGAGGCGUCAGGUGCUUCCAAAUGUGGUUACCUACUCCGCGGCGGUCAACUCAUGCGGACGAGCUGACGAGUGGCCGAAAGCCACUGCCCUCCUUCGACAGAUUGACUUGGCACACGUGCGGAGCAAUACCAUCACUUACAACGCAACGAUUUGUGCACAUGACAGGAUGCAGAAAUGGACCCGUGCGGAGGCGCUGCUCCAGCAACUCCAGAGGGUCGCGCUGGAAGCGGAGGUUGCUACACUCAACUCUGUCAUGAACGUUUGCGAGAAGGGCAAGUUGUGGAAGCGGGUCGUGAUGUUGCUUCGCACUUUGGCGCAGUCGCUCAGGCCAAACCUGGUGACAAGGAACACGGCCGUUUCUGGAUCCCGAGAGGGUGGCUGGCGAGUUGCUUGGGCCCUGCUCUUUGGGGGCGAGGGAGAUGGAGACCUCAUUGGCUUCAAUGCAGCCAUGGCUGCCUGCCAGCUCCAGGCCUCCUGGUUGCAAGCUCAGGCGCUGCUGCGUACUCUCCGUGCUCGUCACCUUCGAGGGGACGUGGUCUCCUAUAGCUCCUUGGUCAGUGCCUGCGAAAACUGGCAAGUUUCCUCUUCAGUGCUGCAAGACAUGCAGCUUGCGAAAGUGCCAUGCGACACGACUGUGCAGAAUUCCAUGAUCAGCGUUUGGGAGAGUGGCGGAUGGCGACAGGCACAGUCUUUCUUGUGCUGGAGUGGUUUGGCCACCAUACGGGCCGACGCAAUCUCUUUCAAUGGCCUCAUCCGUGCAGCUCAGCAUGGCUACUGGGCCAAGGCCCAGCUGUUCUUGCGGCUGCUUCCAAAGCAGACGCUGGCAGCUGAUGUGAUUAGCUACAAUUCGGCCAUUCAGGCUUGCGGAGGUGUGGCCGAAUGGCAGCAGGCCAGUUCCUUGCUUCAAGGAUUUGAGUCAAGGCAGCUUGAGGCAGAUGCAAUGGCCUUCAGCACUACAAUGGGUGUCCUUGCAGAAGCUGGUCAGUGGCCAAGUGCGCUCCGCCAAUUGGACAAGCUGCAGCAGUUCCGGAUGGAGUCUGAUGUGGUUGCUUGCAACAUGGUUCUUUCGGCAAGCGGCCUCGCUGAGAUGGAAGCCAGGAGAAUCUUUGGCGAACUGCGUGCCCGGAAGGUGGCAAACAUCAAGACCUACAACUCCAUGAUUAGCCUGGCAUCGCAGCGUGGGGACUGGCAGCAGUCUUUGUUACUGCUUGCUGACAUGGCGGACGGUACUGUCCAAGCAGAUGGGGUGACCCACAGCUUGAUCGCCGAGGCAUGUGCCAAGGCCCUGGAGUGGCAGCAGGCUGUCUGCUCAAUGGGUUUCGUAGCCAAGGCAACCCAACGGGACUUAUUUCACUUGCGUUUGCGGCUCUGCAAGGUAGCUAGCAUGGCAUCUUGA